AUGCAGUCCAAUGUGAAUUUACGAACAAACCUAGAUGGGGAUAUGAUGAGAGGAUCGUAUUCAAACGGCAGUUUAGAGAACAGUUUAGAGAGUGAGCUUCAAACAUUGCUGCAGGAGCAGCGUAAUCGGAGUGUUAUUAAUGAGAGGGAGAGGGAUUUGAACAUAUAUCGGAGUGGCAGUGCUCCGCCAACUGUGGAGGGGUCGUUGAGUGCCGUGGGAAGUCUGUUUGGGAACUCAAAUUUUGCACAAAUUAAUAGUACUAGUAUUGCCAAUGGAAUUUUGACAGAGGAAGAAAUUCGGUCACACCCUGCGUAUUUAUCAUAUUAUUAUUCACAUGAUAAUAUAAAUCCGAGAUUACCCCCACCAAUGUUGUCAAAAGAGAAUUGGCGAGUUGCCCAAAGGUUUCAAACAGGAGGGGCUUCGUUUGGUGGUAUCGGAGACUGGAGGCAAAAUAAUUCGGUUGAUGAUGGUGGCAGUUCUUCGUUGUUCUCAAUGCAGCCUGGAUUGUCUGUUCAGAAAGCUGAAGAUGAGUUGAGGGAGUUGAGGAAAGCUACUAUGAGGAAUCUCUCAGUGAAAAACUCUGCUGAAUUGCUGGACAGAGGCUCUGAUGGUUUUAUUGGGACAUCAGCUGCUGGAAUGGGUGCGAGGAAGAAAAGUUUUGCAGAUAUUCUUCAGGAAGGGCUUAACCAACCUGCUUCCCUAUCAGAUUUUCUCUCACAUCCUGCAAGGCGUAACUCAUUUGGUGAUAUUGUGGAUACAUCAGGCAUUUCUAAUUCACAUGCUGCAGAUAUUUGCUAUGGAGCUGAAUCCACUGAGGUCUUGCAUCCGAGGGUAGCUGUCCCUGGUUUGUCUAGAGUUGAACACCUUAGUUCAUCUGGUUCUCAUUUGUUUGCACCUUCUGUGGGUUCAUCUCUGUCAAGAAGUAGAACCCCUGAGCCUCAACUGGUUGGGAGGUCCACCAGUCCUAGUCUUCCACCUGUAGGUAGCAGAGUUUUCCCUGUCGAGAAGAACGAUUUUGUUGGCUCUAAUGCUAUAAGGGGUCUUUCUUCUAGCAUGACCGAGCUGGCUGAUGUUGCAGCUUCUUUAUCUGGCUUAAGCCUUUCAAAAAAUCAUCUCUAUGAUGAAGAUGGUCUUAUGCAGUCUCACCUUCAAAUGGGACUUGACAAGCAAUCUAAUCAUUUAGUUGCUCUGUCAAAUGGUCAUAGGGAGAGCCUGCCACAGCAAUUCCUUGACAGGUCCAGAGCUGAAAAUUUGGCUAUUGCUCUCAACUAUACUGAUUUAUCAAGGGAGAAUGGGGUUGUCACAGAUUCACAUGUUUCUAAGUUUGGUUUUGAUAGGAAUGUUCACUUCCCUAGAAGAACAUCUUCUUCGGCUGACCUUCGCUCAAAAAUGAGUUCUUCUGGAUUUGCAAGUUUAGAUGGUUCUAAUGUUCAUUAUCAAGCCGAUAAUUUUCCAGGUGUGGACCUAUCUGGCCAUGCGCCUACGAGAUAUUCUGCUAGUCAGAAUCUUAACACAGCCAUUAAUAAUCAUCUUGGUUCAGCUUUGACAAGUGCUGGAAAUGAGCAAAGUUCGAGAAGUAACCAGGCAGGGUCUGAUCUUUAUUCAUCAGUUAUGGAUCCUCGAUAUAUCCGCUAUUCCCAGAAAAUGUCUAAUUAUGCAACACAUCCUGCCUAUGGUCAGGGAGAUUUACAGGGUUUCCAGAGAGCAUACCUUGAGGCAAUGCUUGCUCGACAGAAAUUACAGUAUGGUAAAUCUGGCAGAUUAGAUCAUGGGUAUCAUAGGAAUCCAGGCUUUGAUGUUGGUAUGCCAUAUCAGGGGAACUCAGUGCCAUAUCCCAAUGAGCGAGUCUCUCAUUUUACUUCCACGUUGGGAAGUUCAAUGGGAGGAUCUUCCGGACCGUGGCAUUCAGAAACUGGAAUUAACAUGGAAGGAAGAUUUGCAUCGUCAUUAUUAGAAGAGCUGAAGAACAAUAAAACUAUGUCUUUAGAACUUUCUGACAUUGUUGAUCAUGUGGUGGAAUUUAGUACGGAUCAGUAUGGGAGUCGCUUUAUUCAACAGAAACUGGAAACUGCCACAGAGGAAGAAAAGAUGAUGAUAUUCCCAGAAAUCAUUCCUCAUGCUCUUAGUUUGAUGACCGACGUUUUUGGGAAUUAUGUUAUACAGAAAUUUUUUGAGCAUGGCACAGAAAGUCAAAGAAAGGAGCUGGCCAGCCAACUUAUUGGUCAUGUUUUGCCUCUCAGUCUUCAAAUGUAUGGUUGCCGAGUAAUUCAGAAGGCCUUGGAGGUAGUUGAUGUGGAUCAGCAGACACAAAUGGUAGCAGAGCUUGAUGGCUCAAUCAUGAAAUGUGUUCACGAUCAGAAUGGUAACCAUGUUAUCCAGAAGUGUAUAGAGUGUGUUCCUCAAGAUCAAAACCAAUUCAUAGUAUCAGCCUUCUUUGGGAAAGUUGUGGCUCUUUCCACCCAUCCAUAUGGUUGCCGGGUCAUUCAGAGGGUUUUGGAGCAUUGUGAUGAUCCAACUACACAACAAAUUAUCAUGGAUGAAAUUAUGAACUCUGUGUGUGCUCUUGCACAAGAUCAAUAUGGGAAUUAUGUCAUUCAGCAUGUCCUACAACAUGGUAAACCACACGAGCGAUCUGCUAUCAUUAGCAAGCUUGCAGGACAAAUAGUAAAGAUGAGUCAGCAGAAGUUUGCUUCUAAUGUUGUUGAAAAGUGCUUAACUUUUGGUGGUCCAGAAGAAUGUCAGCUUCUAGUGAAUGAGAUGCUUGGUUCCACGGAUGAAAAUGAACCCUUACAGGCCAUGAUGAAAGACCCCUUUGGUAACUAUGUUGUGCAGAAGGUUCUUGAGACCUGUGAUGACCAGAGCCGCGAACUAAUUCUCUCCCGUAUCAAGGUCCACCUGAAUACACUGAAGAGGUACACUUAUGGGAAACAUAUUGUUUCUCGUGUUGAAAAGCUCAUCACAACUGGAGAAAGGCAUAUUCGGUUAUCAUCCUCGCCCAUUUUUGACCGAGAGAAGACACCGUUUGUACAGAAAACAUAGAUGUUGGCUUUAUUUUCUUUGGUCUUGGCGCUCCUAAUAGCUGUAAAUAAACAGUUUUUAACGAGGCUGCUGGAAUAAAUUUUGCUUGGCCGGUUUCUCUCUAGGUAUGCUCAGCUUGCAACUUGUAAUUACACUUUGAAGAGGCAAUAUUAGGAAAUAAAGGUGGGGGGAAGGCAAGAUAUAUAUAUGCUUAAUCUUUGUGGGAGUAUUGGCAAGGUUCAUAAUUUGUAAAGAAAUUCUGAGUGAGGUGAAGAGAAACAUAGUUCAGUGCGUGUUGGUGGAGUCUAGGACAUUGAUAAAUUAAUUUCUAUGUAAAUAUACUGCCAUUAUUUUGCCAGAAGAUGUAUUUAGUAAAGGCUUUUUGUUUAGAUAUUGC